CAGCGUUCAAAUUGAAGUUACAAUGAGCACGAUCGAGCAACUGAAAAGCGAAGUUGAACGGUUAAGUAAUGAGCUACAGCAGGCCUGUUUAGAAAAAGUUCAAGCGGCUGAAUAUGGGCUUGCUGUGUUGGAAGAAAAACAGAGAUUACAGGAACAAUACGACGAACUGGAGAGCGCUUUGGAAGCGAACAAGCAAGAAUUGGAAUGUCUCAGAGAGGUCCAUGAACAGUUAAAACUUGAGCAAGAGAAACGAAGCCGCUUUGGUGAUGAUCGAGAAGAGAGCCUUGUCAAGGAGAGUGAAUCAAGGGAAGCGAGUUAUCUUCAUAAAAUAACAGACUUAGAAAGUGACCUGAGACAAGCUAGGAAAGCUGAAAGGGAUGCACUGAUUGAAAAUGAACGACUCUGCAAUCAGGUCUCUAACUAUGUGAAAGAAAUUGAGCAGUUUGCACAGAGUAAGAAACUGCUUAGAGAUGAAAUCAGGGAGCUUAAAUACCGAGAGUCAAAACAUACGCAAGAAUUUAGUGACCUUGAGGAGGAGAAUAUCAACCUUCAGAAGCAAUACUCUGCACUUAGGUCAUCACUGGUGGAAUUUGAAUCCUUAAAGGUUGAAAACAAAAGCUUGACAGAUGAAAUGGAGGCAGUCCAGCUACAGUUACAGGUAGCCUGCGACAAGAGAGAUCAAUACCAAAAGCAACUCAAUGAGGCUCUUGAGUCGUUGAAAGAACAGCGAGAUCGUAACACACUUCUGCAAAAAGAACUGCAGGAAAGCCGCCAACGCCAGUCACCUACACUUAAUAGCUGGCAUGAAGAAAGCCGUUUUAUUCCCCUUGAGAGUCCAGAGAAAGCCAAGCCUGAACAGCCAAUUGAGCAUCCCAUAAUUCAAAGCAUCAUUGAGGAAUACAAGCCUGUCCCUGGGCUGGUCAAAGAUCUAAUGAAAGAACUUCAGCUCUCGGAGGUCAAAGAAAUGGCACACAAACUUGAUCAACUGAGUAGCGAGAAAAAUGAACUCACAAAUGCACUGGCUAAGAGAGAAAAGGAUGUUUUGAAGUUGAGAGAGGAGUUUGAUGCUAUGCAAACUUUAACUGAAGCAAAAAUUCUGUGUGAAACUCUGGAUGACAGUGACAGUGAAGCAAUAGAAGAGAGGGAAGCUAUUGGUGUAAGGUUGAACAACCAGUUGAAGGAGCUUGAAGAAAUUAGAAGACUUUUGAAAGGUUAUCAGACUAAAGAGAACAAGUCUCAAGCAUUGAUCAAAGACUUGAAAAGUGAGAUUGAUAGUUUAAGGACCAAAAUGGCUGGUUUGCAAACAAAAGCUGAUGAGGCAACGUUCCUGACAAAACGAGUCAAGGAUCUGGAGGAGGAGCUGUUAAAUAUGAAAAAUAAAGGAACUGAAUCAGAAGAAUUGAUCAAAAACCUACAGGAAGAUGUGAAGUCCAUGAGCGAUCUUGCUGGGAAUGCUCAAGGAAGUCUUAACUGUACUCAGGAUGAGCUAAGGUACGUCAGUGAGGAUCUGCAGAGGCUUUACAAGCAUGUUUGCUCAGCUAAUGGUGAUCAUCCAGCCAAAUCAUUUGCCAAGAAAGAGAAGCCGGAGAAAUCAAAGACGGCAUCACAAGCUGAAACAGAUGCCUCAAAUUCUGCAACCAAGGAAAGUGCCGCAGAAGUUCGACAGUCCCCCAUGGGUAGUGAGAAUCCAAAUGAGACAAUGGAAAGGGGGGAUCCUUAUUCCUGCUACAGGCUGAUAAGUUCAGUACGCGAUCAAGUGAAGUUCUUGAAACAAGCUGUUGAGAAGACAGUGGAAAUUUCAAGACAGCGUGCUCUGGAGUAUAGAGUUGUUGUUAGCGAUGAGGAGACUAGUGGUGGAGAGGAUGGUGAAAUGCAGAAACAACAAAUUGUAAAGCUGCAAAGUCUCCUGACCACAAAGCGGGAGCAGAUCACCACCCUCCGAACUGUUCUUAAAGCCAACAAGUCCACCUAUGAAGUUGCCCUGACAAAUCUUAAAAGUCGUUACGAGAAUGACAAAGCAGUGCAGUCGGAGACUGUAGCACAGCUGAAGAGAAGCUUGAAGACUUUGAAGGCUGAGGUGUCAACGUUUGCUUCACUGCGUGGUAUGUACGCAGCGAGGUGUGAAGAGUAUUUAGUGCAAGUUGAUGAGUUGCAGCGUAAGUUUGCUGCAUCGGAAGAAGAGAAGAAGACCCUUAAUCAACUUCUCAAACAAGCCAUUCAUCAGAAAAUUGAUCUCACACAAAGACUGGAGGAGUUUGAGAUUGCAAGAGAAAGGCUGCGUGCCUACACAAGAAAGAAUAGCAAAUCCAGCAGAUCAAAACCAGUUACCAGGGUAUAGAAUGGAAUGGCAAACACCUAAAAGGUGACAUUGUUUUGUUCCUUGAUUUGAGAUGCAAUAUAAUUUUCAGUUGUAUGUCAAGUGUUGUUUCCCUUGCUUACUAGAGAAUACAAUAUUUUGAAAGCAUUGCAUUGUCUAAGUGCACAUCAUUAAUGAAGGGGGCUGUCGAUGUUUUCAAAGGUUAAUAUGUAGUUGCUUGAUAUAAUACCAAUUAAUACAUUCAGCAACAUUUCUUAUUAUAGCCAUGGUUUUAGGAAUCAUAUAGCCGUUUUUAAAACAUUGUCUGCUUACACCGUAUGUGCUGUCCAUAUAAUAGCUACCUAAGGUUUUAAUUAAAUAAGAUAGUGCAGUGUGAGUGUUUUACAAUGUAUUGUUUUUAAUUGGUAAAUUUAUAAGUAUUUUACAAAGAAUGUAGACUAAUAAUGUCACUUUGAACUUCCUUCAGGUUUCAAUGAAAGGUUUUAAAAAUACUAUUGGUAGCUAAUUUUCAAAUCAUGAACUGCACAUCAAUUAUUGAAUUUUAAAGAGAUUAUAAAUACUAUGUGGGUCAAAAUUACAUUUUAAUUAAAAACAAAGAAAAUAUUUUGUCUCAGAAGCAUAAAUUUUAGCCCUGUUUUAACCUUUAAAAACUCUUCUUGAUCUUUUAGGAUGGGGCUUUAAUAAAUUAUCAAUGAAAAUAUUAUUUAUCAUUGCAUGCAUAAUGCAUUUAUUCAGGGUGGCACCUUGUUUAAUAUCAAAUUAUGUAAUAUUGGUGGUAUAACUACAUUGUAUGUGUGAUGUGUAAUUUUAUCUUUGAGACUUACUAAUGGCUUCAAGCUUUUCUCUUUCAAUGGGUGUCUGUGUGAUUAAAAAUUAUCAAAAAUGUUUUUUCUUAUUUUUAAAAAAUAUACUCACUAUUAAUAAUUUUCAGUACAUGGUCUUAUACCUGAACAUUGGGGACCUUUAGAUUGGACUUUGAAUACAAGAUUGAUCUCAUAUGAGUAUAAUUUUUGAAUUUCAAUCCAGUGGUGUUUUCCGAGCCCUCGCUCUUCAUGUUGGCUUUAGGUAGAGAGGGUAGCUUUUGUGAUGAGAUGGGUGUGUGACAUGAUAAUGUGGAGCCUACAAAUAGCCCGCAAACUAGAAUUGCACUCGAUCUCGUAUUCAAAUCUGAAGUCCUCUAUGAUCAAUGUGGGUUGUAGAUUUACAAACUUACUGGCCCUUUUGAUUUCACUGCCAUUUCUUGAAGCCCUUUAAACUGGCCAUUUGCAGUCCUGACCAAUAAUAUUCUAGCCAUCCACUUGUAAUGAGAAAACAAUUGAAAUUAAGUCAGAACAAGUUUAGCCCAUGAGCAAGCUCUCAUGGGGUGCGGCACAAACAGCAAUGCUAGGAGAGAUCAAGUCGGUGAGGUGCCUGGCUUUGCUGCUCAUGCCACAGCUCAUCAGAGCCUUCUUGUAGGCAAGUUCAAGCUAUGUCAAGCUGUGUCUGACUUGUGGAGAUGUCCCAGGGCUCGAAAAAAAUAAACUUUAAUUCCAGCUUGCCCCUUGGGACAAGCAGCUGUCAAAUUUUGCUUACAUAGGACAAGUCCUAGUUUGCUCUUUUAAUGAUUUAGUUGGCAGACAUCUUGCCUUAUCUCUUGCCCACUGGGCAAGUGAGAAUGAAAAGUUACCUGCCCCGAGUGGAAACCUACUUGUUCUGGAUGAUGGGACAGCACCUUUUUUGAGCCCCGUGUCCAUGUUACAGUGAUGACUGUUUUGAAAGAAAACUGUAGCCCUGGGGUUGAUUUUAAAAAAUUCCAAAAGUCAAAAUUAUUUUUAAAUACACUCAGGUAGAAUGCAAAGUAUAUUGUUAGUUGGAGUAUUUUUACCAACAGACUUAGUAACCUAAUGUAAUAUGAAAGGAGGGUUUUCAACCCAGAAACACAACAACCAGUUUUUUUACUUAAGUUAACAUACAAUUGCUGAGCCCCCAUUUGGGUUAAACUUAGCUUGGUGUUCCUCUACUCUAGAACAGGCAUGAACUUCUCUCAGGGGACUCAGGAACAAAGAGGUCUGCAGCAAUUGUAUAAAAAUGAGUUUUUAGAUCUAAACAACAUUGGUAAAUAUCGCCAUGACUUGAACUUGAUUAUAUUGGAAAAUAGUUGAGAGAAUAAGGUCUAGAAAACCAUAUUUUAUAAAUAUAUGAAUUAGUCAAGGUUAGAAACUUUCAAUUUUCUACCUUUGCACAUAUACAUCUAUUUUAGAUUCAACAUUUUAAAAAAAGUACACUUAAUGUGACUAUUUUUAGACCUAAUAUAUAGUAUUCUGACUUUCUAUUUUAAUUGUACUGGAAAAUUUAUUGUAUUCUAAAGGGGCUUGAUAUUUUUACAUGCUUCAUUGUCUUCUUGCAACCGGAUUAAAAAUGCAAAUUAUACA